AUGACAAACAUAGAAAAGAAACCCGACUUGAAGGAAUUAGCAAAGAUCUUGUCUGAUGCCUAUUAUCAUGUUUUACAACAUGCUAAUUCACCCAGAGAAGCUCUUUCAAAUUACAGCAACGAUUUACCCGUGCCUUGGUUCACCCAUGCAUUCAUGGACACUCUUUUAAGCCUUAAGGACGAAUUUAUCACACACAAUAACAUCACAGGCUUACAAUCCAUCCUCACACUUUUCUCCAGUUGGCUUCGUCGUUGCCCUACGACAGACAAUAACCACCUUACUUCGGUACUCGAUACACUAUUUAAAGUCCUCACCAGUUCAGACCCCACUUACCUCACGCUUCAAAAAGAAUGUUGGAUCGGUUGGGUGGGAUUAAUAGGAAAGGAACAGGAUAUCAAAUUAUUAGACGGCAUGACAAGCAUUAUUCUCGCCAUGGAGGACCCCGCACGUAUACACUCUUUAGCCGAUACCGUUGAUGCCGGUGUAGCGCAUGCCUUGGCUCAAACUACCGCACUCAACGAUUUUGAAGUCGAGACCUGUCAACAUUUGUUAGAAGCUCAUAUUCAGUUCUGUCAUCGUCGUCGCUUGGAUGGUCCUCGCGCUAUGAUGACUACAAUGGAACAUGUCGUGGAUAUAAGAUCACAAGAGACCCCACAAAGCUGUGCCGAAGCUCAUUUAACCACGUUGGUUCAAAUGGCAAAAGACGUAGUAUCAAAUCAGUCAGAUGCUCACUUUGUCAGAUUGGCCGUGGUCGCGGGGAUCGUUCGUAUGCUACAAUUCAAUCAAGGAAAAAACACUAAAAAAGUGUUAGCAUUACGAGAAUCUGUUGAAGCUAUCUUGAUCCAACAUCUUGAUAUGGCAGUGAAGGAAGAGCAUACCACAGUAAAUCAAGAUUGGAUUGCUUUCUUUGCUGGCAGAUGUCUAAUCCAAAUCCCUCCUACCAUCUUAUCUGAGAUGAAGAAUACCCCUGCAUUAUUAAAGGUUAUGUCACAAAGCUUAUUAAGCACUUUGAACGGUGGAGAUAUAUUACACCGGUUACAAAACACAGGAGCAAUGACAGCCGAGGUAUCUCACAUGGUAGAACAACCCAUGUUUAAGGACAUUGGACGUAUCUCUCGCGCCAUUGCCAAACUAGUUGAAAUAUGUAUUCAGGAAAAGAAAUCUACCGUGGUUGUCCAAGCUGUCUUGGAUCGAUUGGUUGGUGUUUCUUAUAACGUCUUUUUUGAUUGGGAUCGAUAUUUAAUGGCGCAUUCUAGCAAGACCAUGACCGCAGAGGAAAGCAGUAAUUACAAGGAACUUGAAAACAAGGUGUGGACGCUAUUCAAGAGCAUUAUGUUCUCAUUUACAGAUACAACACCUGCAGUUGAACUACUCUCGUUUGUAAAGCAAUCACGGCUCUUGUUUUUCUCAGAUUUGGUGGAACAAGUGAUGUCGCGUAUUGAAAACGAGGUGCUGGAACAAGAUAUUUUGCCCGUGCUAUAUCCUAUUUUAAAAUGGAAACGCAUUGCCAAUAAAAAUCUGUAUGAAAGUGCUCAUACAGCUGUUAUUAGUGCUUUCUUGGCAGAGAAACCCGUCUCACGCGAAUUAGCCGGUGUCUAUUCCCAGAUCCUGAUCGAGAAUUUCCCGGAGCCAAUGAAUUUAGAUCAGUUUAGGUUUGGGUUUAGUACACUGAUUGGAGCACUAUGUAGCAUGGAUGAUGCCUUGGCCUGGUUAACGGUAGAAGGCUUGAUUCACAAAAUUCGAUCACUGACAAAUGAAAAGGACCUUGUGCUUCGUAAUGAAUAUACCACUGCCUUGAUUGAUUUACUCAAACCAUUAUCCCUGGGUCCCUUUUUUCCUUCCAUUCUGGACGAAAUUAAGCGUUUGAUUCUAGCCCAAGAAACAGAGGCCAUGCAAAAGGCUACCAUGAAAAUCCUGUUUGAGACAGUGAGUGGAAGUGGUAUCUCUGAUAUGAGAAGAACAGAAGCCGUUGGUUGGUUUUUGGAGUUAAAGCAUGAAUUAAAGUUUUAA